CUCAAAACUGGACGUGACACCAUGGAUUCUCUCAGUCAGGAUGUAAUUAGCACGGCAUGGCACCAAAAACCAGAAUAGUAGAAACCCCUCUCAUGAUUAUGUCAUGUACUCUGCUCACUUCAAAUCAAAGCACGCAACAGGAAGAAGAAGAAGAUUUCACCGCCAUCCUCAGAGACAGAUCUCACAUCGACGAGACGCUCCGAUUUACCACUGAGGAAAAAGCAACAGAUUAUGCAGCGGCACUGCAGAGGUUACGGAAGGUCUACCACACGUCCAUCAGGCCCAUGGAGCAGGCCUACAAGUACAACGAGCUGAGGCAGCACGAGAUCUCAGCCUACCCCGGACGAACCCUGGGGGACGCAGCCACAGAUGGGGAAAUCACAUCCAAGCCCAUGGUGCUGUUCCUCGGACCUUGGAGUGUAGGAAAGUCCUCCAUGAUUAAUUACCUCCUGGGCUUAAAUGACAGCCCUUAUCAGCUCUACACAGGAGCUGAGCCUACUACCUCUGAGUUCACGGUGAUAAUGCACGGAGAGAAGAUCCGCUCCGUCGAGGGCAUCGUGAUGGCGGCGGACAGCUCUCGGUCCUUCUCUCCACUGGAGAAAUUUGGACAAAACUUCCUGGAAAAGUUGAUUGGGAUCGAGAUGCCGCACAAGCUGCUGGAACGUGUGACCUUUGUGGACACGCCCGGAAUCAUUGAGAACCGCAAACAACAGGAAAGAGGCUACCCCUUCAAUGACGUGUGCCAGUGGUUCAUUGACCGUGCUGACCUCAUCUUUGUGGUGUUCGACCCCACCAAGCUGGACGUCGGACUGGAGCUGGAGAUGCUAUUCCGUCAACUCAAAGGCCGCGAGUCCCAGAUCCGCAUCAUCCUCAACAAGGCCGACCACCUGGUCACCCAGGACUUAAUGCGGGUCUACGGAGCUCUUUUCUGGAGCUUGGCGCCGCUUAUCAAUGUGACGGAACCCCCCCGCGUCUACGUCAGUUCUUUCUGGCCCUACGACUAUGCCCCCGACACCAGCCGCGAGCUCUUCAAGCGGGAGGAGAUCUCCCUGCUGGAGGAUCUCAACCAGGUGAUCGAGAACCGCAUGGAGAAUAAGAUCGCCUUCAUCCGCCAGCACGGAAUCCGCGUUCGUAUCCACGGCCUGCUGGUGGACCGCUACGUCCAGACCUUUAAGGACAAGAUGAGCUUCUUCAGCGACCCGGAACUCGUCUUCAAGGAGAUCGUAGACGACCCGGACAAGUUCUACAUCUUCAAAUCCAUCCUGGCUAAAACCAACGUCAGCAAGUUCGACCUGCCCAACCGCGACGCCUACCGUGACUUCUUCGGCGUCAACCCGAUCACCAACUUCAAAGCCUUGUCCUCCCAGUGCUCCUACAUCGGAGGCUGCCUGCUGGAUAAGAUCGAAAAGGCCAUCACAAACGAGCUGCCCGCCCUCCUGAGCAGCAUCAACUCUGGCAAACAGCCGGGCCUUUCUUCCUGCGAGGCCACCGGCUGCGGGGAGAAGCCCAAAAACCGCUAUCGAAAGAACUGAGGAACGGAGGUGACAGAGGAGGUGAAGAAAAGGAGGCUCUGAUGUGAUUCAGAAAGCCAGGUGUUAUUGAGGGAAAAAGAAAAAGGAUAUUAGCGUUUAAUUUUCCUCAGAUGAUGCAUUUAGGGACUGUGGGGACGAGGCAGGUAGCGGGAGGGGCGGGGUCAUUGUGUGAUAACGGCAGCUUCAGGAAACAAGUGCUGAUGACUUAGAGGACUUUGUGGUUUUUUGGGCGCAGGGGGGGUAACCAAACAGAUUGCAAAUCCAAUACCAGCUCCCUUGUAUGUGAAUAAAAUCGGAAGUGGAAACAGGUGUUGCAAAUUUGUGUUACAGCAGGUCGAUUCCAUGUGCUUCAGAUGUUUUUGAAGUCGAAUAUUAUUGUGGGUGCUAUAGAACCUUGCAUGUUCUCCAGCACUGGUUCUCAAACGACCACCUCAAAACAUGCUGCACGGCAAAAUAAAUGUCUAUUUCUACAACUAUUUCACACUUUUAUUUGUGUAUUUAAAAAAAAAAAGGUGGUAGUCGCUCCACAGUUUGAGAACCAAUGCUCGGAAUGUCAAUCUUAACGUUGUACGGCCUUGACUUCCGACUAACAAGUGUUAGUGGUACGACCCUGCCAGGCAACCAAUGAGGCCGUUUGGUUUCCAACUCUUGACAACCUGCCAAAUGUGUCGGAAGCAGAGGUCAGGGGUUUCAAGGGUCAUCAGAGUCUUUUUUUAAAAAAAAAAAAACUGGUCUUACUAUAUUUUUGUUACAAUCUGGCAUAAUUGUGUUAUGAGUAAUGUCUUCUUUGAUCCAUAAACUUCCCAGCUUGUUUUUGUAGCUGAAUGACCACGAAUACGUUUUUUUCAUAUACUUUGCAUGUUACCAAUCAAUUUAUUGAUUUUAGCUUGUGUGUGUGUAGACCUUCCAAAUGGGCAUUGAAGUACGUUGCGCUAAAGUGGGGCUUUGAUUGAUUGAUUGAUUGAAACUUUUAUUAGUAGAUUGCACAGUACAGUACAUAUUCCGUACAAUUGACCACUAAAUGGUAACACCCGAAUAAGUUUUUCAACUUGUUUAAGUCGGGGUCCAAGUAAAUCAAUUCAUGGUACAAAUAUAUGCUAUCAGCAUAAUACAGUCAUCACACAAGUUAAUCAUCAGAGUAUAUACAUUGAAUUAUUUACAUUAUUUACAAUCCGGGGGGUUGAUAUCAGCACUUCAGUCAUCAACAACUGCAUAAUCAGAGAAAUGGACAUUGAAAUAGUGUAGGUCUGACUUGGCAGGAUAUGUACAAGCAUAAGAACAAGUAUAUACAUUUGAUUAUUUACAAUCCGGGGAGAGGGUUAGUCAAGGGUUAAAGUUGCCUGGAGGUGUUCUUUUAGUGCGGUUUUGAAGGAGGAUAGAGAUGCCCUUUCUUUUACACCUGUUGGGAGUGCAUUCCAUAUUGAUGUGGCAUAGAAGGAGAAGGAUUUAAGACCUUUGUUAGUUCAGAAUCUGGGUUUUUACGUGGUUUGUGGAACUUCCCCUGGUGUUGUGGUUAUGGCGGUCAUUUACGUUAUGGAAGUAGUUUGACAUGUACUUCGGUAUCAGGGCGGCGACAUAAGAGCGAAGAUCUCAUGAGUUGACCCCUGACCUCUGCCGACAGAAGACGCCGCCGACCGUUGGAGCGACGCGUUCUGACAUUUAAAAACCUACCUCAGUGAACUUCCUGGUAGUGGGACAUACCGUUUUGAGACUUCCUGUCUUACCUCGACCCUGUGAGGCGUUCAGGGAAAACAGGGAGUUUCUGGCUUUAUCUAAGGAAUAGAGAAAAAAAAAGGGUGCAGGUAAGUAGGAGAAGGACUAAGGUCUAAUUAAAGUCCAUGGAUGAACACAUGUACUCCCCCUAACCCCCGCCCCGCCUCUUCUUCCAGCACUAACCCCCCCGUUCGUCAUGCAAACAUCGCAUCUAAAUGCUAAAUAAAUCCCUUUUCAUUCAUAUUUUAUUUUUUAUUCUUGGAGUGUGUUUCACAUGUUUUUUUUUUGUAUGUUUACGCUGCAGUUGUAUAAAUGUCCACUAGAGUGUGCUGUGUAAAAAUGCAAAAAAAAGAAAAGACCCCUUCAUGCAACAAAUAGAAGUGAUGUGUUGUGUCUUUUUAAAGCUAUUGUUCAGUAUCUCAGUUGACCUGUGUCCCUUUUUUUGUUUUGCUAUAUAAAUUCUAAAUAGAUCCAUUUGGAAGCUUCCAGAAUACAGGUUUGUGAUUGACCAGGUUGAAUUACAUUUGGUGCUUUUUCUGGCAGUCGAGUCACAAUAAAGAGGUUUAA